UUUGAGCUUCUCCAAGCAAAGGAACAAGAGUGCUACGAAAAGAUGGCAUCUGAACCUCCGCCUACGGAAGGUGCCUAUUGUAAUAGGACGUGGGAUGGACUUUUCUGUUGGCCGAACACCCCUGUUGGGACCACAACUAUACAGAGCUGUCCUAACUAUAUCAACAUGUUUGAUGUGAGAGAAAACGCUUCCAGAGAGUGCUUGCAGAAUGGCAGUUGGUUCUACCACCCUGUCUACAACGGCACUUGGUCCAACUAUACUCAGUGUCGGGCAGACCUUAGCCCUGUGCAGGAACUAACCCUUUUCAUGAAGAAACAUCUCAACAACAUAAAGCUGUUGUACAGUGUCGGGUAUGGGACGUCACUGCUGGCUCUCGUCUUAGCCUUGGUGAUAAUGCUACUCUUCAGGAACAACCAAACCUCCUUGCAAAUCGGAGGGUCAAAACACCCUCCUACCCCUCACUGGGAAUGCAAGCUUCUCUUCACAAUAUUCCAUUACGUCAUAGGAGCCAACUACACCUGGAUUCUUAUGGAGGGUGUCUAUCUCCACAUGAUCAUCUUUGUCAGCGUCUGCUCUGAAAAAGAAGUCAUUAAGUGGUAUAUGCUGUGUGGAUGGACCUGCCCUCUGGUAUUUAUAAUCCCAUGGAUAGUUCUGAAGGCAACGUUUGAUGAUAUAUAUUGUUGGAAUACUCAGACUAAUAAACACUUUGCCUGGUUGCUGCGGGGACCGAAUAUCGUGAUGUGCCUAAUCAACUUCGCUAUAUUUGUGAAUAUAGUGCGAGUCCUCUGCGCCAAGCUAAAGGCAGGCACGUCACAGCAGGCAAAGAGAAACAGAUAUAAGAAAUUGGCCAGAACCACCCUGGUGCUCAUACCGCUGUUCGGGGUACAUUAUGUGCUGUUUGUCAGCUUUAACUUCAUCGACAAACACCUUGAUCAGAGGGUGGAGGUGGCCUAUCUUUACCUGGAGAUGUUCUUCACGUCAUUUCUGGGGUUUGUGGUGGCCCUGUUGUUCUGUUUCUUGAACAAUGAGGUUCAGAACGAGCUGCGCAGAGCCUGGGAGCGCCUGAAAGCGUGGGGCAUAGAGAGGCGAUCAACACGGCACAUUCCAUCAGGCAUGUCCAUCGUAGUGGUCAGCAAACACAAGCCUGCUUCAUGGAAACAUCAUCCACACCCUGGAGAUAUUAUUCCGAAAAAAGAAGCACAUUUCCAUCCAGAUAUAGUUAAUAAAGAAGCAGAUUUUAAUUCCGAUUUUGGAAGUAAUGAUCUUAUCAGUGGAGAGAACACGCAGCAGAUGAUCAAUUCUAAAUAUCGUCCGACUCGAAAGGGUUCCCCUCACGGGAGAAAGAGGUGCGUAAUAAACGCCAGUUAUAGAACAUCCACCAGUAGUAGCCACAGUUAUAAGAGCAGAAAUUGCGACUCUCAGGGCGCAUCCCGAAGCUCAUUUAAAACAGAUCCGAGCGACUCUGCGCGGAGUCUGCGGCCUGAAAAUGACGUCAUAAUGCUCGGAUCGAUCUCGCCAUUGCUCACACGUGACACCAAGGGCACCGAGACAGGAUAUCACACGGAAUUUUCUCGGAAGUGUCGCUCAGACAGCAGUGAUUCUAUUUCCAGUGAGAGUGGAUCUGAGAAAGAACAACUACUGCACGACGUGCCUAAUUUGUCCGUGUGAUUGCAAACAAAGGUGCCUUUAUUAAUAUGAUAAUUCGUUACAAUUGUAUAAGUACUAGUACGAGUGUAGUUUUACUUUGUACCGCCAGGGGGCGGAUUAUGACGUACAUCAGGUUAUUUGGAUGGGAUAAACAAGCUGGAAUCAAUGCGUGUCAUUCUUAGUGUCGAGGCUAGCGCGUGGCACGUGCUCUAGGUGCCCCUAAAGAGGGAGCCACUGGGCUGUUUCAACGGAGUGAGAUGUUAAAACAGGAACAAUUUUUUUUGCAUAUCCAGAACUUGUUACCCUGGUUUAGGCAUUGUUUACUGACACGACCUUCGCCACUCUGGCUUUCAAAUAUUUUACUUUGGUGCGAACAUUUAUCGGACCAAUAUAUUUCUUCAAGCGCACGUUAAACGCGAAAUGCAAGCUGACAUGUUGACACAUACAUUUCUUAUCUGUUGUUUAUAUUGUA